UAAAUUGUUGAUAAGAUUAACAAUUUGACAUUGAAAUAUAAAUUAUAUAAAAUAUAUAAAAAUGAUUGCAUGCACAUGGAUAACAAAGCAUACAUAUUAAUAUAUGUAUACAUAUAUGCACAGUCAUGUGUCAUGUGAAGGUGCAUAAUAAUAACGAUAAUUCAUAGUGUAUGUAUAUUGUACGCAUAUAUGUGUGUUUAUAUAACGGAAGGGCAGCACUUGUCGUGAAAAAUCGAUUAAACGCAAAAGUACUGGUGGUAAAACGUCGCCUAGUUCACGUUGUUUCAUGAUCACUAGAAGAUCAGGAGCAGGAGCAGAGCAGCAGCAUCAGGAGGCCAGUGGAUGGCGACUUCUGUCGUCAAAUUUUUCAUUAAUUUUUGUGGAUAAUUUUUUUUUAACAAUUCACUAUAUAUUUUAUAAUAUAUAUUAAUAAUUAUUACAAGUAUUUAAUACGGAAAGUUAUUUUUUAACGGAUAAAAAUUGUUAUAUUUAUUGGUGUGGUGAUUCAGAUUGAACCCCAAUCUUUUAUGAGUCUGUGGAUUUAACAUCAAUUUCUAUGACAUCCGGCAAGGAAACGAUGGGUGAACAACCAAUUUUUACAUGCAAAGCGCAUGUAUUUCACAUAGACCCCAAAACCAAGAGGUCGUGGGUUUCAGCAUCCACAGCCGCUGUGUCUGUGUCCUUCUUUUAUGAUUCAACAAGAAGUUUAUACAGAAUUAUUUCUGUCGAAGGAACAAAGGCGGUUAUAAAUAGCACAAUUACUCCAAGUAUGACGUUUACUAAAACUUCACAAAAAUUUGGUCAAUGGUCUGAUGUGAGAGCUAAUACGGUUUAUGGUUUAGGAUUUUCAUCAGAAGCUGAAUUAGGAAAGUUUAUCGAAAAAUUUCACGAAGUAAAAGAAGCAACGAAAAUAGCGGGAGCAAAAUUGCAAUCAAACAGCUCAUCAGUAACACCAUCAACUAGUGCAAAUGUCAGUCCAAUAACACAACGUUCUUGCAUGCCAUCAUCUGAACAAGAUUUAAUAGAUCCUCCGAAUUCCUCUAUGAUAAAUUCAAAUACCUCGGCUUCAAAUAAUCCAAAUCCAAAUACAAAUAUGAUUUCUGCGCAAAAUAGUACAUCGUCAGUCAGCAGUAGUCCUUUACCUGGAACAUGUCAAUCUAAAGUUGAUGAAGAAUUAAAAAAUGCUGUUCAUGCAAGGUCUCAACAGAUAGCUUUAGCUCAGCAACAGAGUAUUGAGAGUCCACAGCAUCAGGGUAAAUCAGGGCAGCUUAGUUCUAAUCAAGUUAAUCAGUCGUCUGAAUUACAGUUAAAAUAUGAAAAUGAUAGGCUUAAACUUGCACUUGCUCAGAGUUCCGCUAAUGCGAAAAAAUGGGAGGUUGAAUUAUCAAUACUCAAAACAAAUAAUACUAGGUUAACAAGUGCAUUGCAAGAAUCUACAGCCAAUGUUGAAGAAUGGAAGCGACAAUUGCAAAUGUAUAAAGAAGAAAAUGCUCGAAUUAAGGCAAGGUACACAGAUUUAGAAAAUGGAAAAAUAUCUGAGGGUAAUAGUGAAGCUCUCAAGUUACGAGUUGAAGCAUUGGAAAAUGAAUUAAGAACACGUAAUGAAGAGUUGAAAGCUAUUACAAUGGCUACAAAGAAUAAAGAUUUCAUUAGUUUGCAAAAAGAAAACAAUGAACUUCGUCAUACGUUAAGUGUUGUCCAUGAACAAUUGGAACUUGCGUUAAGUUCAAAUAAAGUUCAAAAGCAAAAUUUGGAAACGUUAAAUUCGCGAUUGGCUGGUUAUAUUCAAGAUUUAGCUACAGUGCAUCGAGAAAUAACGAACACACUGCAAACUUAAGUAUAAUCAUCAUUUUUAUUAUCUACUUUUUGUAACGCAGGACGUGACGACCCGAUGAUUAAACAAACAAACUCGGGUAAUCUGAUUUUAAAAAUUUGAAACAAAAACAAAACAAUCAAUGAAAUAUAACGAAGGGCCAUGUUCCAAAAAAAACAUAUCUUGUAGUAAACUCCCUCCAAAAUAAUUAUAUUUUAAUUGUGCCACGUUAGAAUCAUUUUAUUAUUAAAUUAUUUUUAUUAUACUCACUAGAAUUUUUGUUGAUAUUUUAAUCAUUAACUGAAAAAAAAAUCAAGCAACCGAAUGUUUUUUUUUUUUUUUUUAAUUAAUUAAUUGAUUAAUUAAAGAUAUAAAUUCUUUUACAAGAAUACAUUAUUAAUAAUUGUUGCCAAGCACAAAUGCCAUAAUUGUAUAAAUGUAUUUAUCGUAGAAGUAUAAUUAAUCGUGUUUAAUCGAUAAUAUAGUUAUUAUUUUUUAACGAGACUGAAUUUUUUUAGACUAUUAGUUUUUAUUACUUAUUCGCUUCCAAAACUGAAAAUGAAAGAGCUUAAAAAUACUACGUGUGGAGGAGUUAUCAUACAUAUCAAUAAAAUAAUUGAUAUGUACUCAUUAAAAAUGUGUCGGUUUUUUUGGAACCCGUCCCUUUGAUUAAUAAAAAAAAUAAAUACAUUGAUGGUGGUUCACAUCAAACGCGCCUCAAUUAAAUGCACAAUUGCAGUUAGUUAUAAUUAGGUAAUUAGUAAAAAAAAAAAAAAUGGAUAACCAAUAAACGGAUUUUCAAUUUAAUGGAAUUAUUUAUUUUGAUAUAAUGAUGAGCUGCAUAUUUAUUGAAAUUAGAAUCGUUAUUUUCUUUAUUCUGAUGAAUCAUU